UUAUUUUUUGUUCUUAUUUGUUGAGUGGUUUCACAGAGUGAACCGUUGCAGACCAGAAUUUUGCUAACUUUUAUACCAAAAAGAAACAUGUUCAAAGAUAUUAUUGAAAAUUAAAAGUGUAAUCGUGGAAUGAAACGUACAGAAGCGGAAAAGAUCCAGCCAACAGCGAAAGAGAAGAGAAUCAAGCGCGAUGCGCAACGCGGCUAUUGGGCAUCCAAAACAGAGUUCGUACUCACUCUCAUCGGCUAUGCCAUUGGCAUUGGCAAUGUCUGGCGAUUUCCCUACCUCUGUUAUCGCAGCGGCGGUGGUGCAUUUCUCGUGCCAUACACGCUGAUGGUGAUUCUAUGCGGCAUUCCAUUAUUUUAUAUGGAAGUGCUGAUCGGUCAAUUCUCAAGCACCGGCUGUACCAGUAUGUUCCGUCUGGCUCCUUUACUAAAGGGCACUGGCAUCUGUAUGAUGAUUGUGAAUAUGUAUUGUGUAUGCUACUAUUCUGUUAUCAUCUCGUAUCCCAUACGCAUGUUAUACUAUAGCUGUUGGAAGACAGUGCCCUGGAUAAACUGUGAACAGUCGUGGAAUUCGAAAAACUGCACUAAGAUUGAGGGCGUGAAUAAUACGACUGAUAAAUUCGUCACGCCAGCCGAUGAGUUCUUUCAUCUGGAAGUCUUGCGCAUCUCGAGCAGCAUUGCUGAACUUGGUACCAUUGUGUGGGAGCAGUUGAUUUGCUUACUCAUCACAUGGAUCAUAAUAUUCGCAUGUGUGGUGCGAGGCAUAAAAUCGGUGGGCAAGGUGGCUUAUUUUACAGCACCGUUUCCCUAUGUACUGCUGACUAUACUUUUCGUCCGUGGCGUCACCUUGCCCGGCGCCGCGACUGGCAUCAAGUUCUUUUUCUAUCCGGAAUGGCAUCGCCUGCUUGACUUGCGCGUCUGGUCGGAUGCGGCCGUACAAAUGUUUUUUGGCCUCGGCCCUGGCUGGGGCGGCAUCAUCAACAUGGCCAGCUUCAAUCGCUUCCACAACAAUGCCAAAUUCGAUUCCAUUUUGGUCGUAAUGAUCAAUGUCUUCACUAGCAUUUACGCCGGCAUCGUGGUCUUUUCCGUGUUGGGCUUUUUAUCGAAAAUGUCGGGUAAAUCUGUGAGUACAGUGGCUACCUCUGGCGCUGGACUCGCCUUUGUCACAUAUCCCGAAGCAAUUGCCAAGAUGCCCAUUCCACAACUAUGGGCAUUUCUGUUCUUUAUAAUGCUCUUCCUCCUGGGCAUUGACAGUGUGUUUGUUCAGCUGGAGGCUAUUACAACAUCCAUUCUGGAUGAAAUCCAAGUGCUGCGUAAAUACAAGUUAACGCUGACCACAGCCUUGUGCAUCUUCUCCUUCGGCUGUUCGAGUAUUAUGUGCACCAAUGCUGGCAUGUAUAUAUUGCAACUAUUCGAUUGGUAUUCAUCGGCUUUGUCGAUUAUUGUCAUUUGCUUGGUGGAGAUUAUUAUGAUUAUGUACAUCUAUGGCAUAGAUAAUUUCUUAACAGACGUCGAGUUCAUGUUGGGUAAGCGGCCGAAUCUUUUCUGGAGGAUUAGUUGGAAGUAUAUAACGCCUAUAGUUUUAAUCUUUAUUCUGCUGACCAGUAUUAUAUUUCUAAGAGAAAUCACGUACAACGGAGUCAAGUAUCCAAAGUGGGCCGUCGCGCUGGGCUGGCUUAGUUUUGUGUCCUCGAUUAUAUGGAUACCGCUGUACAUAUUCUUUAUUAUGAUCCUCAAGCGCAACACGUUGUGCAGUAGCCUGAAAAGGCGAAUGAGGCCACUGGACUGGACACCAGCGGAUCCGCAAGAUCGUGAGGAAUACGAAGCCUUCAGACGACAACGGAGAGCACCUAAAUUUAUGACAGAGUCAGAGGCAGAAGGCCCGGCGACAGCUGAGAAGUAACAAAUCUGUAAUAUUAUUUGUAUUUGC